AUGAGUAGAUCAACAAGAGACAUUGGCGGCAGACUGAAGAAGACGGGCGUGACUGAGAUCAAGCUCACAGGCAACUACUCCCGAGCAGACAUCGAACGAAUCGCUCAGCGAGACAGCAACACGCUCCAACGAUACGGCGCCAACGCAAGGAUAGAGGUCGUGCUCGACUACGGCAACCAUCAAUAUCGCUCAGGCAAGUUCACCAAGGUAGGCGAGCCGAUCAUCAUGUUUGAUCCUCACGAGUACGAUGGCGCACCAAUCCCAGAGCCUGACACAUUUAAAUCGUUCUACAUCUACGUACAUCAAGCAAAGGGAAAGGCAGGUGGCUGCGACGGCGAAUGGAACAACUGUCUCUAUCACUGCCUCCACGAUGCCUACCCAGAGCAGGUCACAGAGCACUUUGGCAAGCCAUCGCGCCUCAAGAUGUUCCUCGACCUCAAAGUCGAUCAGAAGGUCUCGAUCAAUCGGAUCCCAGAACUCGAGGACAGACUCAACAUCAGAAUCAACGUCAAAGGUAAUCACUGCUAUGCCUCCGCGUCGAGGGCAACCAGAGAGGUCAACCUCAUACUAACCAAUGGACACUACAAACUAGACAAGGAAGGUACCUAUGCAGGCAAGGGCAUCAGAUACACUCGACACAACGAGAGGGACGUCUACAUCAAGCCAAUCGUAUUCAAGUAUCUCAAGGGCGAUCGGGUCCAGCUCUACGAUGACGACGAGUACAGCACCAUCACAUUGCAACAGUUUAUCGACAAGAAGAGACGCAAGUACCAAGACAAAUGCGAGUACAUCCGACAGAACAUCAACAAGGCUGCGAUCAAGCUGUUCCUUUCGUACAACAAGACUGUCAAACCAGAGCCCAUCGGUCAGAUGGAGGGCGAGUGGAUAAAGAAGUCAGCCUAUGGACCAUUGAUGAUAGCCAUUCAACAUAUAGGAGCGCUCUACAAGUAUGACGUCGCUAGGAUGUAUGCAUCCAUCUUGAGGAGCAGCGGCUUCAUGAUCCCAAUCAAGUGUGGUGACUUCCAGCAUCUGACCGACGAGGAGCUCAGCGCAAUGAAGACCAUCCCAUUUGGUAUCUACCGCGCCAUCAUCAAUGGCACUCAUGUGAGCCCAAAUCUAGAUUAG